UGUCUGAUUUCUAACUCUCUCUGUCACUGUUUAUGUGUUUGUGUGUGUUAGAGCCUCAGUGAUGAGCAGGAUGGAGGCGCUGUGGUUGUGUUACUCUUCUCCGACUCCUCAGAGUCCAAGUCACCUGCUCGCCCUACUUCUUCUCUGUCUCUCAUUGGCUGCUGUAACUGCUUCACUGCUUUUCCACUGGCUCAUAAAUCUUUUAAAAUAUGACAUCCAGACAGCAUUGAUUGCAGUUGGUAUCUAUGCCAUAGCUGUGUUUAUCCUGUCAUCUCUCAUCCAUCCAUUCCGAUGUGCUUUCACUCUAAUCUUCCCGACGUUGUUCACCCGACAAGGCUGUAAACUGCUCUUGUCCACAUCUAUGAUGAUCAUAGUGCUGUACGUCCUACCCAACAUGGCCGCCAACAUUGCAACUCUCACAAAUGUUGUGAAAUGCACAUCAGAAAAACUCUCUCAAAGUCUCCUAAGCAGCUCGGAGCUCAUAAACAGCAUAAAGGACAAUAUGGUCAGAAGAGCCGAGGAGAGCGCAUAUGGGAGUUUACUGCAAACGCUGCAUGAUUUUGAUCACAGCACACAUAUUAAUGUCUCCGAAGUGAAGCGACGGUUGCAUUUGUUGAGUCAGCGGGUGCAGGAGGAUUUCUCUGAAGUUGACCAUCAAGUACAGGACCUGAAGCUGCUAUUCAGCAGAAUCUUUGCUGCUGUUUUUGUUCUGUAUUUGUUCACAGAGUCCGUCAUGUACCUUCGGUCUUACCUGACGUCUGUAAGAUUUGAUAACACAUAUAUCACAGGUGGGCUCAGGAGGAAAGGAGCUGAACAAGGGAUUGUGGUUGAAGCAAAGGAUGUGAAAAAUGGAGUAAACUCCACCAGUUUCAGAAUAACUCAAAAAGAACUUUUCAAAUGUCUGGCUCCAGCAGUGGUGAUCACUCUGUAUCUGCUAAUGACAAUCUUUUUGAUAGUGCUGGACCACUUCUUGUAUUACUUGGUGAAAUUAUGUGGUGCUUGGAUUUCAAACAUGCCACCCACCAACAUCGGCAUCAACGUCAACUUCAAGGUUGGAGCAGAAGUGGGCAUCUGUCAGAUCUUUAGCUUAGACUGUCAGGUAGAAUUGUUGAACUUCAACAGAACUUACACAACCCGAAUACACUCUGAUCCAAACAUGUGUGAGGCCCAAUCCAGUAAACUGAACCCAGGUGUAGUGACGGCGCUGCUGUUCCUCUAUCUGUUCAGCUACGCCCUGCUGCCGCUGGAGGUCUAUGCGCGACGCCUUCGGAGGAAAGUAGCGGCUUCUUUCUUCCAGGCUCAGGAGGGGAGAAGGGUCGAGUUCCUUAUCAAGAAAAUUCAAACUAAACAAAAGGAAAGACAGAAUGUUUUCUUCAUAACCAAGCAUCAAGAUAAAGAAGUGUUUGGGAAAAUAGAUCAGCUAUAAUACACUCAAUACAAGGUUGUAUUUUAUAUAUUUUAUUGAAUUGUAAAUAUUCUUAAUUAUAAUUCAAAUUUGUGAAUCAAAAAUUUUUUUCAACAACAUUUACUUUCUCUCAAAAUAACAGACAGUUCUCAUGCA